UCACUUGAAGGAUGAGAUCUCUGAAACACCUUAAACAUCACACCAGGAGCAAUGUGGAGGAGCAGGAGGUUCCUCUGGUGCGGUGCUACACAGAAGUGAUGGAGGAUGUAAUGGAUGUUGGUACACAGACUGACCCAGUGGUGGUCCUCUCUCUGGCCCAGGCUGCUGUUCUGGGCCUCAUAUCUCAGAAUGAAAUCUUCGGAGCCACUAUCGCCCCCAAUGGUUUCUGCAAUGCAGAAGCACGUGACUGUCCUCCUCCUCCCCCGGCAGAAGCAAUGGAGUAUGAGUAUGCAGACCAAUUGAUCGGUGCAAAUGGAGAUUACCUGGCUGAGCCAAAUAAAGUGAACAGUAAGUCAGAGGCAGGUUAUGGAGAAGACAGAAGGAGCUUAGAACCUCGGGAAGAGAACAAGACAUCUCAGAAUGAAAAAAAUAAGGCAGUGGAUAUGACAGAAAAAUCACUGGACAUACAGACUUGUGUAAAAGGAGAGAAAGUGGAUUAUUCCACCCCCUGUUUCUAUUCCACUUACAAUGACACUGAAUCGGAAGUGCUGGAUCUUGCACCACUAAGGGUGCCAUUAAAAGAGGAGCAAAACAAAGACCCUGUGAGUGCUAAUGAUUUAAACAGCCAGCAGAAUAAUAAAAACUUGGAAACAACCUCUCAUGAUAUUAAUAACACACAGGAAAGAGUAAUAGUCCAGUCUCAUGAAGGAGGCACCAAAGAGGAACCACAAGAGGAGGACACAGUGCUAAAUUUAAAAACUCCUGAGGAGGUGGUGAGCCCUGCAAUGAGACGAUACUACGAGUCUAGCGUUUUGACCUACGAAACUCCUGAGCUGGAUCUGGCACCAGCAGACUAUGAGGAUAGCAGCCAGGCAGCAACGUGGGCUGAUGGAGAGAAUCCAGCUGCGCGUCGGGUUCAGAUUGACCGGCUAGACGUUAAUGUACAGAUUGAUGAGUCUUACUGUGUGGAUGUUGGUGAGGGCUUAAAGCGUUGGAAGUGUCGCAUGUGUGAGAAGUCCUACACAUCAAAAUAUAACCUAGUAACACAUAUUCUGGGCCACAGCGGCAUCAAACCACAUGAGUGCGUGCACUGUGGAAAGCUUUUUAAGCAGCCGAGCCAUUUGCAGACACACCUGCUCACGCAUCAGGGCACAAGGCCUCACAAGUGCACUGUAUGCAAGAAGGCCUUCACACAGACUAGCCACCUUAAACGGCACAUGCUGCAGCACAGUGAUGUCAAGCCGUACAGCUGCCGAUUCUGCGGCCGUGGCUUCGCCUACCCUAGUGAACUGCGUACACAUGAGGCCAAGCACGAGAAUGGCCGGUGUCAUGUCUGCACACAAUGCUCCAUGGAGUUCCCAACCUACGCCCACCUCAGACGGCACCUGGUCAGUCACCAGGGGCCUGCCCCCUUCCAGUGCACUGAGUGUCACAAGAGUUUUGCCUACCGUAGCCAGCUACAGAACCACCUGAUGAAGCAUCAGAAUGCACGUCCCCACAUCUGUUCUGAGUGUGGCUUGGAGUUUGUGCAGGUUCACCACCUCAAGCAGCACAUGCUCACUCACAAGGUACUCACACAGCAGACCUUCAAGCACAAGGGGAUGAAGGAGUACAAAUGUGACGUGUGCUCUCGUGAGUUUACCCUGUCAGCCAACCUGAAGCGGCAUAUGCUGAUCCACACCAGUGUGCGCCCAUUUCAGUGCCAUGUCUGCUUUAAGACCUUCGUCCAGAAACAGACUCUGAAAACCCACAUGAUUGUUCACCUACCAGUCAAACCUUUCAAGUGCAAGGUGUGUGGAAAGUCAUUUAAUAGAAUGUACAACCUCCUUGGCCACAUGCAUCUUCAUGCCGGAAGCAAGCCCUUUAAGUGUCCGUACUGCAGCAGCAAAUUCAAUCUGAAGGGUAACCUCAGUCGACAUAUGAAGGUCAAGCAUGGCAUUUUGGAUGUCUUGCCAGAUGGACAAGAUAACCACCCUGAGAUGGAGAGCCAAGAGGACUAUGAGGAGGAAAGCUUUGACUACAGUGAAAGAGAGAACCUGGCCAGCAACAAUGCACAAGACAUGGUCAAACUGGCUCAUAUGGGCUACUACAACUAUAGCAAGGCACCUACUCACUACACACCAGCAUAAGGGACUUUGUGAAAAUUAAAAAUACAUCUGUAAAUUGCUUGUGAAAUCCUCAAGGCUUUAAUAUGGACUGAUGUAAAAAGGCUGCCUGGUGGCAGCGCACUAAGACCACUUUUGGUUUCUCUGUAAGAGGAAGUUUCCCCCCCCCCCUUUUGUUCUCCAGGCACCAGUUUCAGCUUAAUAAGUUUCUAAAUAGAGUAUUAAAUACAAAAUUUAGCCAUCAAAAGUUGAAAAAAUAAGUACAGAGUGUAAUUUGUUCAUGUCCUACUGCCAUGGAGCAACGUUAAAAGCAGCAAAUCUGAGCCGAAAUUAAUGGUGCAAUGCAACAAUACAGGGGCACAUAAACAACCUUCUUUUUUAAACCAUGGUGGAGCUGCAAUCACUGUACCUCACAGUACCUCAUUAACAAGUACGUUGAAGUCCUUUUUCCUUUAGUGGUUCAUUGUCCUACAUGUUGGGCCUCUGUUUAUGCCAGUUUGAUCACAAACCAAAGUUAAGCUGUAAAUUCUCCUUUGUUUAUCUUCCACUGUGGUAAAAUUUUCAAUCUGUGAUUAAGUAAAGCAGUAGAAUAAGGUUUGACACUAGGUGCAGAGAUCUUUGGCACCUGUUGUGUUAUGGAUUUGCCUGGGUCACCUUUCUUUAACAGUUAGUACUGUGCCUUUAAAGCAUACAAGUUGGUAUUUAUUGUGCAAUUUUAUUUUUCUUAAAUCCAGAAGGGCAAAACUUAAGGUUCCAUAUUUAAAAAGCACUGUACAACUUUUAAAAUUGACAUUUGAAAUUAUUUAUGACAAGGGAAAUCCUCCCUAUGCUUCCCACAAAACAGGAUUGUAAACUGCAUACAAGUUUUGCCCAAAUCCUCACAAAUGUAGCUAGUCUUUUUCUGCCUAUAUUUGGUAUAUGGGGCUGAAUAUGAAAAUCAUGACCUACAAAACUUUAGAAAGGAAUAUUAACUGUCCUUGUGUCUGUAAGAGUGCAUCCCAUCCAUCAAUUUUACAUGGUGCUCUAAAAUGAUGAACGACAGUCUGCAGACUUGUGGCAGUUCCAUAGACGCAGCGAACAAGAGAACAAUGACAAUGUAUUCGGUUUCUGCUUACGUUUACAUGUGUAUGCCCUUCCCUCCUCCGUUCAGCCAGCCAGCCAACACCCCAUUAUGUUAAUAGAGCACAAAAAACUAAAAACAGAAAGUUCUGUUUUAAAUUGUAUCCUUGAAGCUUAAGCCAUCAUGCCAAGCAUGUCACAAUUUAGUUUUGUAUAAAAUUCAUUUUGAUUGCACAUUGGUGUGAAUAUGUUGUCAAUACAGUUCUAUGUUUAAUGUUGUGUUCUGGACAAAGUAUAUAUUAAUAAAUUAAAACACUCAUGCUUUU